AUGUCUGGUCCCAAACUGGAGGCUUCCCCGCCUUGUCGGAACUGGUCAUCUUGUCCAGAGCUCAACAGGACUCGGGAGCCUUUAGGGAAUCUCUCGCUCUAUGACGAUGAGGAAUUGCUGCGCUACGUGUGGAGAGAAUACUUACACCCCAAAGAAUAUGAAUGGGUUCUGAUUGCUGGCUAUAUCAUCGUAUUCAUCGUGGCGCUCAUUGGCAAUGUCCUGGUUUGUGUUGCAGUGUGGAAGAACCAUCACAUGAGGACUGUCACCAACUACUUCAUCGUGAACCUUUCCCUGGCUGAUGUCCUCGUGACCAUUACUUGCCUUCCAGCAACUUUAGUGGUGGAUAUUACAGAGACUUGGUUCUUUGGACAAUCUCUCUGCAAAGUGAUCCCUUACUUACAGACUGUUUCAGUCUCUGUGUCUGUGCUAACAUUGAGCUGCAUAGCCUUGGAUCGAUGGUAUGCCAUUUGUCACCCUUUGAUGUUUAAGAGCACUGCCAAGCGGGCAAGGAACAGCAUUGUAAUUAUCUGGAUUGUAUCGUGCAUCAUAAUGAUUCCUCAGGCGAUUGUCAUGGAAUGCAGCAAUGUGCUCCCGGAUUUAGCCAAUAAAACCACUCUGUUUACAGUGUGUGAUGAGCGCUGGGGUGGUGAAAUUUAUCCCAAGAUGUACCACACUUGCUUUUUCCUGGUGACAUAUAUGGCCCCUUUGUGCCUCAUGGUGUUGGCCUAUUUACAAAUAUUCAGAAAACUAUGGUGCCGCCAGAUCCCUGGGACAUCCUCAGUGGUGCAGAGAAGGUGGAAGCCUCUUUACCCUGCUACCCAGACUCGAGGAGGGCCAGGCCAGCAGACUAAAUCCCGGAUUAGUGCUGUGGCUGCAGAAAUCAAACAGAUUAGAGCCAGGAGGAAAACAGCUCGGAUGCUAAUGGUUGUCCUUUUGGUGUUUGCCAUUUGUUACCUCCCAAUUAGUAUCCUCAACAUGUUAAAGAGGGUGUUUGGGAUGUUUGCCUAUACAGAAGACAGAGAGACUGUGUAUGCCUGGUUUACAUUCUCACACUGGCUUGUCUAUGCCAACAGUGCUGCAAACCCAAUUAUUUAUAACUUUCUCAGUGGAAAAUUUCGAGAGGAAUUUAAAGCAGCAUUUUCUUGUUGUUGCCUUGGAGUUAACCCUCGCCAGGAUGAACGACUUGCCCGGGGACGGACAAGCACAGAGAGUCGGAAAUCCUUGACCACCCAAUUCAGUAGCUUUGAUAAUGUUUCGAAACUUUCAGAACACGUUGUACUGACGAGCAUAAGCACACUCCCAGCAGCAAAUGGAGCUGGACCACUUCACAACUGGUAG